UCUUCGCCGCUGGAAGAAGGAGCCUCACAUAUGGCGUGGCUUGAUCUUUCAACUUUGUCUCCCAGCCCUAUGAGAACGCCAGGCCGCCUGGCCAAGAAGCGUAGUCAAUUCAAGAUGCCAUGGAAGUUCCCUAGCCCUAGCCACCCGCUUUACUCUAGCCCAGACGAACUGUGUCUCGGUGUCCCGAUCAUGGGCAUGACUGGCGAAGGUCUCCGAUCCUCAUAUGUUGCAGUUCAGGCCAGUCCCUUUCCCGGCACUGGUGCUGCUGGUCAGUCACAGUUCUCGAGCCCCGUUGCUGCCUCGCCUUUGAGCCAGAAACCCGUAACAGGAAGAGUUCUGGGUUGGAAACGAUCAAAGGACAGACCUAAGAGCAAGCUCCCUCCGCUCCCGGAGCCUUCACCACGUCGGCCGUUGUAUACUGGCCCUCUGCCCGUUCCAAUGUCCGAAAAAUUGGAUCUGACUCCCAAUUUAACGAUGUCGACUGAUGGAGAGACAGACACGUCAUUUUCGACCCUUGGCGACCCAUUCUCAACUGACGCGUUUUCAAAUUGGUUCGAUUUAAGUAGCCCCAACAAGGGUGAAAGGGAGCGCGCGCCAUCAGGCUUUCUUGAUACACCGCUUCGUCGAUCUGCGAGUACUUCGGCGAUUGAAAAGCUCCAGCUCGCUGACUCAGGCAAGAAGGAAGAGCCUUCUUCAAUGCUUCUGCCUUCGGGCUUUGGUCUGGGUUUCAACUUCAAGAUUGACCUUUCCACAUCAGGCGCUAAGCGCGCAAGAUCAGAAGACCAGACUGAUGAUAAUUGCUCAGACGAGUUUGGAGACCUUCUCUAUCCUUCCACACAGGAACCACCCGCCUCAAGCCAACGAAGUAAUGCAGGGCCGUCGAAGCAUAAAUCCGCCAACUCAUCAUUUUCAUCAACGGCCGAUGGUUCGUUGGAACGGGAGGACUUUCCUCCGACAGACUUAGACUCCGAUGACCUGGAGACCAUGUUUGGAUAUGUGGUCCCGACAAAGAAACGGCGAUUAUGCACUUGAUUGUGCAUAUAGCUCUUAUUUCCUCUAGUUUUGGUUUCGGCAGAUUUCUCGUUCCUUCCUACGCAUUUUGUCUUCUGCUUUACCUGUUUUACUAUCUUCAGCAUGCUAGCACUCUCGCUCUAUCUGAGCAUUGCUUCUUGCUUGUCUCUCGUGCUCUUAUUUAUCGCUUGUGCAGUGUGCACAGUGUCCAUGCUAUGAUCAGUUUCUAAUGUGUCCUUUGUCCACCCACACCCCACAGCCGCUUUCUAAGAUUUGUCCCUCGUAGGACUUUUUUCAUCUUUUCGCCUUUUUUUUUAGAUUCCAUCUUCUGUUUCAAUUUCCUCUUUGGUCUCGAUUACCUUCUUGUUCCUCGCCAUGCUAAACUGCUUACGGCAGUUCACCCCGUUCCCCUUGCCUGCUGUUCUGUUUGUUCUUCUUUCUUGUACUAUCAGUUGUCACCUCUUCUGUCCUGUGUUCCGACGGACUCUAGCCUAUCUCAAUUCCCCUUUCACAUGUUCAACCACUCAGCAUCUACCCUCAUGCUCAAGGCAAGUUUGUGCUGCGAGUGGAGAUGUAACUUUGUGCCGGACCCGCUAUCGGGUCGACAAUCUUGUUGUUACACUCAUGGCUAUCUAUUUUGGUUUCGUUUCCCUCUGUUUCUAUCUCGC